CUCUAUCUCAUUCACCCUCUCUAUCUCAUUCCCUCUCUAUCUCAUUCCCUCUAUCUCAUUCCCUCUCUCUCAUUCACCCUCUCUAUCUCAUCCCCCCCCCCUCUCGAAUUCUCGCUCGAGCCGCGAGUGUGCCGGCCUGGCCAUGUUCGCCAACAGGAAUCGCAAGCGCCGAGGAGGCAGUGGAGGAGGAGGCAGUGGAGGAGGCAGUGGAGGAGGAGGAGGCAGUGGAGGCGGCUUCUAUGAGGCGUCCGGAUCCUCGCGAAACUACGACACGGACGGCAACGACCUCAGCAGCGGCGGCGGAAACUUCUCCUCGUCGUCUUACUCCAAUUUCCAGGGCUCUGGUGGUGGCGGCGGAGGAGGAGGAAGCUCCUCGUCUCAGCGCGGCCCUGGGCCGUCGGGGCCGCCGGGUCUGCGUGCGACAGAGCGAGAGUUCUCCCAGCGCUGCCGACUCUUCGUGGGCAACUUGCCCAGCGACACCGGGGAGGCCGACUUCCUGGCCCUCUUCCGGCGCUACGGAGAUGCGGCCGAGGCCUUCGUCAGCAAGGGCAAGGGCUUCGGAUUCAUCCGCCUGCGUACGAGGAUGCUGGCCGAGAUGGCCAAGGCGGAGUUGGACGGGACGAUCGUGCGGAGCCGCGAGCUCCGUGUGAGGUUCGCGACGCACAGCGGUGCCCUCCGAGUACGCAACCUCUCCCCACAGGUCACCAACGAGCUGCUCGAGGAGGCCUUCUCUGUUUUUGGCCAGCUGGAGAGAGCCAUCGUGAUCGUCGACGACCGUGGGCGCUCCACGGGGAGAGGCAUCGUGGAGUUUGCCUCCAAGCAGAGCGCCAAGAAAGCCCUCGACCGCUGCAGGGAGAGCAACUACCUCCUCACCUCGUCUCUGCGCCCGGUGCUUGUGGAGCCUCUGGAGCAUCUGGAUGAAGAUGGAAUCCUCGACAAACACCUCCAGAAGCACCCCCAGUAUUCCAAAGAGAGGGAGUGUGCCCCACGCUUUGCCCAGCCCGGUACGUUUGAGUACGAGUAUGCAAUGCGCUGGAAGGCGCUGGAGCAGAUGGAGCGUCAGCAGAAGGAGACGGUGGAGCUGAACGUUCGCGAGGCGGCCGAGCGGCUGGAGCUCGACGUGGAGGGUGCCCACGUGGAGCACCAGGCCAUGCUGAUGAGGCAGGAUUUGAUGCGCCGUGAGGAGGAGCUGAGACGAUUUGAGGAAAUGCGAAACUCAGAGGCACAGAAACGCAAGAUGAUGGAGAUGAGGUACGAGGAGGAGCGUAAACGCCGUGAGGAAGAGCUGCUGAAGAAGCAGAAGGAGCAGGAAGAGCGAUUCAGAGCCAAGUUCGCAGAGCACGGGGUCCAGCAGCCAAGGGAACAAGUUCCUGGAAUGAAUCAAGGAAGACAGGAGGGCUUUGUGGGAGGGGGAGGAGGAGGGCUGCCCGGUAACCAUGGCAACCAGCCGGGCUUCAACAUCAACUUUGGGCAGUUCGCCAACCCCCAGGUUCCCCAGAUGGGAGUGAACCCAGGCUUUGGACCCAGAGCCGAUUCCACGGAGUUUGAAGCUAAAAGAGCUCGAUUCUGAUACACACAGAUACACACUGAUACACACUGAUACUUACAGACACACUGAUACACCGAUACUUACAGACACACACAUACACACUGAUACUUACAGACACACACAUACACACUGAUACUUGCAGAU